GCAGCGUGCAAAGCGACCCUGCUGCCACCGUUCCGAUCCGAUUUUGGAGGGCUUAUCUUGUGUGGCAGGCUGCUGAACGCCUCUCUCCUGCCGCUGCUGCGGAAAUGGACUAAAGGUUACUUCAAUAGACUGGGCCUGUAUCAUUUGAAUACCUCUCUCCAGAAUGAGUGCUUGCGCCACUUCUACUGCAGCAGCAAGCGAGGGCGACCAUGCGGAACAGGAUGUGGAGCAGGAACCGGUGGAGCUCUCCGAGGCGUACGUCCACUCGCUGGCUUCCCUUGGCUUGGAGCGUCUGCAAAACGAGCCCGGACGCUUGCACGCCGAGGCGAUAGCUGUCGACGAGGCUCUGCACACGCUCAGCCUCGACCAUUACCGAGUUUUCAUACAGAACCAGGAGUGCGUUCGGCACGUGCGGGCGCAGGGGAAGGAGAUGGAGGGGCACCUGGCGUCGCUGCUAACGGAGGUCCACGGGCUUGGCGCGGAGUUUUCCGUUUUUCAGAGGGAAGCAGCGGAACUUGUGGGAGGGCACAAGAGGAACAGGCAGACCCUCAAGCACCACAUGCAGGCACGGAGUCUGGUCGAGCUGCUGGAGGUGCCGCAGCUGAUGGACGCGUGCGUGCGCAGCGACCUGAUGGAGGAAGCUCUCUCCAUCGCCACCUUCGCUUCAACCCUGGAGAGGCGGCACCGGAGUCGCCGAGUGGUGCCAUCCGCACCUGUCGGCAGCGUCGGAGGGGAUACCGCAGCGAAAGACGAGCCCAUCGAGGGGCACCUCCCAGGCGUGAUCAAGAUGAUCGUGGAGGAGGUGCGAGAGAGCGCGAGGGGUUUGCAAGAGAGGCUGGUCGCCAAGCUCCGGGGCCCCAUCCAGCUCACCAGCUGUCUGCAGGUCGUGUCCUGCCUGCGGCGCCUGGAGAUCCUUGCCCUCGAGGAGAAGACCGAGAAAAAGAAGCAGCGGCAGCGGGCACUAGCGCGUCAGGAAGACGUGGACGUCAAGGGCUCGCCGCUGAAGAACAGCAGCGGCGGCGGCGACGGCGGCAGCGGCAGCAAGCGAGAGGUGACGGCGAUGGAAGCCGCCAAGAUCAGAGGAGGUGGGGUCAGCCAGCGGCAGCUCGCGCUCGUGGAGAUGAAGCUUCAGGUGGAUUUCUUGGAGGCUAGAGAUGCUUGGUUAGCCGACGCUGCUAGCCGGGCAGGCGGCCACGGGGGCGGGGUCGACUUGCAGCAGCAGCAGCAGCAGCAGGCGCUCGGCGCGGCAGCGAACACGGCUUCCUCGGGUCCUUACCAGACUCUCAUGGAUCUGAUCGAGAGCUGUCGAUCGCAGUGGUUCGAGGUGGCUACACAGUUCAGGGCCAUUUUUCUGUCCGUGGAAGGGAGCGGCGGAGGGUCGGCAACAGCCGCGCGUCAGUCGGCGGUUUCCUCGCCCCGGGGGGGCGAAGAUUUGGCAACCGGUAGCGGACGGGACAGCGGGGAUAUCUUGUCGCUGUGGCUGCUCCGGAGAGUUAGCGCGUUUGUGGAGCAGCUGAAGGGCCUUCUACCCCUCGUCGAGGAUGGAAGUUUGCUGAGGAGCCUCUUGGAAGAGUGCAUGUUCUUCGGGGCGAGCAUGGGGAGGCUGGGCACGGACUUCCGGGGGUUGCUGGUGCCAGUUUUCGAAGAGAGGGUCAGCGGCGCGGCGGCGGCGCAGUGGGCGACGGCGUCCGCCGAGUUCCUGGUGACUCUCCGGGAUGUUGCCGCCAUCGAGGCUGCUGGAGGCAACGGUGCCUCCCUCCUCCACGUCCCGGACAGAUCGACGAUCGCAACGUCCCGUGGCGGCCCUGCCAACGGACACGGCACGAGCGGCGCUGCCGCUGCCGCUGCCGAGGCAGAAAGGAGGGCGGCGCUGUGCGCGGGGGACGGGGGGAUCCCGCCCCCUCCUCGGUCCCUGAUGGCGUUCCCGCCGGUGGCGCGGCUGCUGAACCUGGUGCUGACGUCAUUCAAUCAGCUGCGGGAGUGCCUCCCUUCUUCCGUUGAAGGCCGGCUGGGGGACGCCCUGGUGCUCUCCUUCACCGACGCCUUCCGCGGCCUGGCGGAGCUCAAGAAGACCACCUUGAGGGCCAACGCCGCCGCCGCCUCCGCUUCCCCUCACAACUCGGGGUCGCCGGCAGCAGCGGGUGCUGGUGGCAGUGGCCCUCCUUCGGGGAGAGGAGGGGGGGCCGCGGCCGGGACCGGAGGAAAGCUGUACCUCAACACCACGUUCCGUGCCUUGGGGUUGGCCUGCGAUGCCCUCGCGGAGCAAGCGGUGCCUCACGUGGCCCUGUGCUUCGCGGCCCUGUUCGGUGAGACCCCGUCCGCCGCUGCUAACAGCGAUGGCGGCAAAGCCGUGACGAUGGGGAAGAGGGCGGAGAAGCUGUGCGCUCGGCUUUUGGGGUCUUUGGAGAGUCUCGGUAUCUACGAGCCACCACCAGCGCCAAGGCCGGCGGUGCCUUCUGCUCCGUCGACCCCGACAGCCACGACAACGACUGCGCAGGGAGCGGCGGGGGCGGUGUCGCCGCCGGCAUCGGCAUCUUCCGCAACAGCAGCCGCCGCAUCAUUGGCGGCGUUGUCUACGCCGCUCCCGCCGGCUAGUCCUCCGGCCGCAGGCACGGCUGAGGAUGCGGCAGCUGCUGCUGCCGCUGUUGUUGUUGUUGCCGACAAAGAAGGAGGGGGAGGAGCGGCAGGGGAGGAAGUGCCGCUGAAGUCGAAGGCGGAGGAGCUAGUGGAGGGGAGGGAAGAGCCAGGGGCGGCGGCGUUAGCUGGAAACCCAACGCGGGGAGAAUUCGGCUCUUAAGAGGGGGACGGGGGGGGGGAGGAGGGUCUUGUUUCUUUCGCCUGUCAAAUACCGCCCGUGCUUUGAAGCCUUUUGGUUUGUUUGGUGAAGCUUCCGGUUAGCAUUAAGAACGCUGCCGGAAGACACAAGUCGGUCGUGCGUCCGCGUCUAUGUCGUUUGCGCUUUGCAUGGUGAAUUUGAUUUCUUCGUGGUCCGAUGAGCCUGAAGUUGAAACUCCAGAAUUUUUAUUUGUGGAGCCUAGGCCUAGGUCACACGGCCUCGGAUUUUGUUGCGCUCCCAACGGGGGCCGUGUUUGAAGAUGAGCUGGGUGGUUAAGCAUAAAAGUUUCAGUGCCAACAAGGAUGAUUUCACCUGUUACCUUGCCACCAUGGACGGCAAAAGAAAUUGCAUCAGACACACCCAACUACGACUUGUGCGAAGCAACAG